AAGUUCUAACGCUAACGCUCUGCGAGAUCAUAAUCGCGAGUUAAACGUUGUAUGCAGCGACAAACACGCUAUCGACUCCGACAUGCACGAUUCGGUUGUCAGCCACUAUAUAUCGUCUUGUCUCCCCCUGGUGCUCCCACCCGUAUCUCCACCUCGCGCACGUAGCCAUUCAUAUAGAUGACUAGCCUUGCGGGAACCUUCGGCACCAACUUGGUAGGAGUUUUUGCGACUGCAAUAUUGUUUGGAGUUACCAACCUCCAAGUCUUCAUAUACUACCAGCAAUACGGCAGUGACCCAAAGUGGCUGAAGAUUUCGGUCUUUCUUUUAUGGCUCAUUGAUGCUGCCCACCUGGCGUUGUCGUUUCAUAUCUUGUGGUGGUACUUCGUUGUCCAUGAUGCUUGGGACCCUUCUGUUUUCUCAAGCGUGGUAUGGAGCUAUAACGCUGAAGAGAUUCUUUGCGCAAUAUGCGUAUCCUUUGUGCACACUUUGUUCUUAGUGAGAGUUUGGAGAUUAUGUUCAAGUCUGCACCCGUGUUCUCGACGCUGGACUAUUGUACCAAUUGUCGCAUCUAGCUCCGUUCUUGCGGGAUACGCAGCCACACUAGAGGCUUGUUUCGAACUAGGAAAAACAGCAAAUCAUGUCAGCCCAGCCUAUCUGCUCGACACGAAGUGGCUAACCUAUGUGCCAUUGUCCAUCUGGGCGGGGGCCGACACCUUCAUCGCCAUCUCAUUGAUUCUACUUCUUAUGUACACCCGCACUGGCGUGAAACAGACUGAAACGAUGGUUUCAACGCUCAUAAUAUACAUAUUGAGCACGGGGAUGCUGACUGGCUUUUGUUCCAUCAUGGCUAUCAUUAUGAUGGCAACUCUGCCUCAGACGUUCGCAGUUUCUGCGUUCGAAAUUCCGCUCAUGAGUUCCCGGAGUAUAGUCUUGGCCUCUCUGUCAUUGCAUUUUGCGAGCGAUCGUCCAUCUGCGAGCAUUGGUCCGUUAGACAACUUGGGUCGCAUCGACUCUAUUUCGCGCGAGGAUGUAAAGCCUGCGAAUGCAGUCGCCGCCGGUGAAUUAUGCAUUAUGUGACCGUUUCACUGGGAUGUGUUCUUUACCGAAUGUAUCUUAACUAAACCU